AUGCCUCCCAAGAAGGUUACCAGCGCGCCCAAGAAGGUGGCGUCGACUACUGCUCCUCACACCUCUUACCGUGAUAUGAUCAAGGACGCCAUUAUUAGCCUGAAGGAACGCAAUGGUAGCAGUCGCCAGGCUAUCAAGAAGUACGUUCAGUCUAACAACAAGAUCAACGUCACUUCCCAGAGUGUCUUCGACUCUCAGUUCAACAAGGCUAUCAAGGCCGGUGUUGAGAAGAAUGAGUUCACUCAGCCCAAGGGCCCAUCUGGCCCUCUGAAGCUUGCGAAGAAGGAUGCUCCUGUCAAGGCCGCUCCUAAGCCUGCCCCCAAGGCUUCUACCAAAGCUCCUGCUCCUGCUAAAGCUCCUGCUAAGGCCCCGGCUAAGACCCCCACCAAGACUGGUCCCAAGACUGUCACAAAGACUGCGGGCAAGAAGGCCGCCACCAAGCCCAAGGCUAACUCUGGCAAGGCUCGCAAGACCUCCACCGCCGCCCCGGCUGUCGUUGAGCAGCCCAAGAUUCUGGGAAAGACCAAGUCUGGCCGUAUCACCAAGACUACUGCCCCGCAGCCCACAACUACCCGGGCUGCUCCCAAGAAGCGGACCACCAAGAAAUAG